UAUGCUCCAGGAUGUAGAACCAACUUUAUACAAGAAAAAAAAGCUGAAUGAAAAGGAUUUCGGCAUGGAUUUCAUACCUCAUAUAUGUUUGCAAUAAUUUUGAUGCCACAGACGUAACAAUGUCUCCGGCCAUUUUUUGCUCGAACUUUUACGCAAGUAAAUCCGUAAGAUGUUGAUGUCACCAAAGCCGAAUCUUCGUCGACAGCUACAAAAGCCUUUCGUUUCACUUUCGUACUUUGCGACAGCUCUCGAAACCAUCCGAAGCCCUUGCGAAUGUAAAAAACCGAGCGUUCUCCGAAAAAGUGUCCCAUCUACCUGGGGCACACAUCGGUCCAUGGCGAGCCAAAUGCUUCAUUAUCAUUUUCUUCUCGUAAAACAAAUCCCAAAGACCCAAACUCAUGAAGUAGUUGGAAAAUCAUAGUACACAUCAUUAUUGUUUGCCAUCAYUUCAAUGUAUAGGUUCUUCUAUCUUUGAAAGACUUUUCAAGUUAGUUAUCAAACGUUUUGUCACGAAUUCAAGGACAGGACAUUAUGUCAAAGUUUGAAGAGGACUUCCGAGGAUCUUUUGAUGCUUUCAGUCACAACAGCCCAAAUGUCGGGCCAUUUGAUGGUACAGUGCGUGGAAAUGAAAAAUCUCCGUUUGAUGUCAUGAUGAUAAAUGAUGUUUCGCCCUCAGUCUCACAGUCAUCUAAAGGAACUAAGAAAGCCAAGAUGAUGUCUGAAACGAACAAUGAAAAGGGCGUUGCAACCAUGGCUGAACAAUCCUCAAUAUCUCCCAACAAAAAUGGGUCUGAGAGUCUGGUCAAGGAGGAGAUUCUUAUACCAUCCAAUAAGACCAACAUCAGACUUAUUGAAGCAGUUAUCCAAGAUGAGGGAAAAGAGGCACAGAUGUUUUUGCUUAAGUGGAAACCUCCUUUUACGGAAAGCGAGGCCUUUGAGACAUUUUUUCCAUCUGAAAUGGACCACUUGCUCAAAGAAAUCCUGCAAGUCGAAGCCCAUUUGAAGAAUCAAAAAGAGCAGCUGAGAAGCAGGCUAACUCAUCUAUCUCAAACACUUAAAAUUCAAAUGAAAUGACUUUUCAAUUUUAUGACGAAAAUUAAAACUUUCUUUAGGUGUUCAUAUUAGCACUAUAUGCUGUAUUUGUAUUGACUAAUUUAUUAUAAAAACAGAUUCAUUUUAGUGACUUGUCUGUAUCUUAUUUAUU